UCUUGUUGAUUGUUGACAAUAAAUAGCAGCGCGGAGUCCGGUCCGGGAAACUAAAACAAACAAAUAAAAACAAAUCUUUCAAUGGAGUGGUCGAAGGAAAAAACACUGAAACUGAUUGCUUUUUUACAAGUGAACCCAUCACUGUGGAACCCCUCUCUCUGCGACACUCGCAGGUUUAAGCAUAAGCGAAAAGAUGAGCUUCGGGCUAUAGCCGAAAUUUUGGAGAUUUCCGUGGCCGAUGCUACGAAGAAGAUUCAACAUCUUCGCACUCAGUAUAACAGAGAGUCGGCUAAGGAAGCCCGCGCCAACGCCGAGGACCCCAACGACAGAUAUGUCAGCAAUUGGUACGCCUUCGAAUAUCUGCACUUCAUGAAAGACUCUAACAAACCAUACAGAGUUAUUCAAUCGGAUCAGCAGGCAGAGCUAUCAAGAGCUGCAAUACAGGAGGUAGAUAUUUCAAUGGUGGAUUGCAAACUAAGCAAUCUCUCACACCCAGCAAAAGGGUCUGGAAUAGACCCAUUACAACCAGUGAAGCCAGAGAUUGCUAGUCCAACGUCACCCAGGAAAAAUCGGGAUGAAUUUUCUGUUUUUGGCGAAUACAUAGCCAAUGAGCUUCGUUCAUUGAAAGGAGAGAAGAAUUUACUAGUUGCCAAAAAGAAGAUACAAGACGCUAUAUUUGAGGUGAAGAUGGGGAUGAUUGCUGAGCUGCCAGAACAACUCUGCAGAGUCUACACCCAUGUCCCUGCAAAUAACAAUAGUUCCCUACAUAAUAAAGUGUACAGUGCGUCAGCAUUGACCAAUAGCACGCAUGUGGAGUCGCUGGCUUCGUCCCACACUCCACCAACCUCUCAGAUAAAUGAGAUAGUCAUCAACAGCAACUGCCAUUACUCUAACUUUAAAGUGGACGCACAAUAGCAAUGACAUCCACUUCAGAACAAUGAAGUGGAUAAAAAUGAUGGAUACAGUGUUAGAAGUUAAUUUAUUUUCAAUACAAUGGCUGGCCAAUUAUAGCUAAAUUAAGCUGUAAUCAUUUCAUAAAAGUUUUCUUUUAAAAUACUUACAUAUUAAUAUUUUAUUUUCAUACUGCAGCGGUGUGCAAAGGGCCUGCCUAUCUUUUCCAUUUGAUUACUUUUAAGCAAAGUGUAACUCUAUAUUAUAGCUCCUAAUACCUAUGUAUUAUUUAAACUUAAAUGUACGAAGUAGACAUAGCCACCAAUUUGUUACCAAACAUUAUUAUUAUAUGUAUAGGUAAAGUCAUGUUUAUUUUUAGUUUGUUAUUAUUUUAAAGGUUCUAAGAAUCUACUUGUAAUAUUGUACCUACCUACAUAGAAUACUGCUGUACUUGUACCUAUUAUACCUGACUAGUUUAACUACAUUAUUAAACUGAUCUCAGCUUA